ACUCUCUCCCUGAAUCCACUACUGCCUGAUUCCGUUCAAUUGGAUAAUGAAUCUAUGGGCAGAUAUUGACAAUUCAUCUUCUUUUACAGAUUCCUUCGCAAAUUCCGAUCUGAUUUCAUCAUAUUGGCCACCACCACCGUCUGAGGCGGCGCCGUCGUCGAUUCAAGAAACCCUCCAGCAACGUCUCCAGAUUCUAAUCGAAGGAAACAAUUGGGAAACAUGGACUUACGCUAUAUUCUGGCAAGCUUCACCGGAAGCCGGAAAUGGAUCUAAACUGGUAUGGGGAGAUGGAUUCUAUAAGGGAGAAGAAGAUAAAGAUAAAAGGAAGGCCGGAGUUUCGUUAUCUUCACAAGAAGAACAGGAUUACCGGAAAACAGUUCUCCGGGAACUAAGUUCGAUUAUCUCCGGCACAUCUCCUUCCGCCGAUGAUGAUGAUACUGUUGAUGAGGAAGUUACUGAUACUGAAUGGUUUUAUCUCACUUCCAUGACUGAAUUGUUUCCUAAUGGAUUUGGUCUUCCAGGACAAGCGUUUUAUAAUUCAUCUCCGAUCUGGGUCGCCGGAGAUCAAAACUUAGCGGGUUUCGAUUGCAAUCGAACUAAACAAGGUUAUGUAUAUGGAUUGAAAACUAUGGCAUGUAUACCAUGCUCCGGCGGCGUUGUUGAAUUGGGUUCUACUGAUUUGAUUUCGCAAUCGUUAGAUCUAAUCAAUAAAGUUAAAUCUCUCUUCAAUCCCAGAUCUUGGACUUUACCAGCCGUGAAUAAUGAAGAGAACCAUCAAUCCGAGUUUUACUUGACUGAGGAACCAUCUGGCCCAUCUGGGACAAACCCAUCUCAGGAAAUGAAUCCAUGCCGGAGUGACUUCAUUUCGUUUACAACCGGCGGCGAAUCAGAACAGUCCGAUGUCGAAAUCUCCAUAGUUCAAGAAACCGACAGCAGCAAAAUACCCACAUCCAAACCAGAGAAAAUAUCCAAAAAACGAGGGAGAAAGCCGGCGAACGGUAGAGAGGAAGCAUUAAGUCAUGUUGAAGCAGAAAGACAAAGAAGAGAAAAACUAAACCAGAGAUUCUACUCUCUUCGUGCUGUCGUCCCAAAUGUAUCAAAAAUGGAUAAAGCUUCACUUCUUGGAGACGCCAUUUCUUACAUCAACGAAUUGAAAGAGAAAGACAGAACCAAUGAUUUGGAAAAGGAAGAACUUAGAAAUCAACUUGAAAGUUUAAAGCUAGCGAGAAAUGAAUCUAGACAUCACAUGGAAGAAGAUGGAGACAGAUUGAUGAACAUGGUGAUGGAUGUGAAGAUAAAAGGAGAAGAAGCUAUGAUUAAAAUACAGAGUAUUAUGAAGAAUCAUCCGGGUGCGAAGCUAAUGAAAGUAUUGAGUGAGCUUGAUCUUGAGGUUAACCAUGGAAGUAUAACUUCUGUUAAUGAUUCGAUGAUUCAACAGGUUUCGUUGAAGAUGGUGAACAGAAUUUACUCGCAAGAUAGUUUAAAGGGAGCACUUUUAUCCAAGCUCUGUAAUUUUCCGGUUUGAACCGGUUUGAUUAAAGAACAUUGCUUGAAAAAUUUCUUCAUCAACCGGCCGAGUUUUAUUCUAGAUUCUAGAAUUUAUUGUAAUGGAGGAUUAGUCUAGGAUUAUAUUCCUCUUAAUAAAUUGUGUAUAUAUUUAGUUUUAUCUUUCUUGGAUUAGCCAAAAAAAAAAAUGUAA